AUGUUUUUGAAUUUGCGAGAAAAACAUGUAGUUUCCAGCCAAGUUCACAUUGAACUUGUAUCUGAUUUUAAAGAACUGUUUCAAACCUUUUUGACAUCAUACAACGAUGUCAUUGAGAAGUGCUUACCAAUGCCGAUAGAUGCUACAUUUAAAAACACUAAUAAAGAUAAUUUAAGUGAUUUUCAUGAUGGAGAAAUUUUUAAAAAAUAUCCUUUGUUUUCCACUGACCCAACUGUAAUUCGUAUUCAUUUGUUUAUAGAUGAGUUUAAAUCUGUUAAUCCUCUAGACUCCAAGAGAGGCAAACAUAAAAUUAUUGGUAUUUAUUACGCUAUUGGAAAUUUGCAUCCACGCUAUCGCUCUCAAAUGUCUCAAGUUGAUUUAGCUUCAUUGGUUCGUUCUAAUAUUUUGAAAAAAACUUCUUAUUCUGAAAUUAUGAAACCAUUAAUUGAUGAACUUAUAGAGUUGAGUAAUAAUAGGAUUAUUUUAAAAACUAACAGUAUGACUCAUUCACUUAAAGUAAGUCUUGCAACAGUUUCAGCUGACAACUUAGGUGCUCAUGCACUAGCAGGUUUUCGCUGCUGUUUUAGUUCAGGUAGGGUUUGUCGAACCUGUCUAGUUUAUUUUGAAACAAUAAGGCUAAAACAAUAUCACAUUGACUGUUAUUUAAGAACAGAUCACAACUACAAUCAACAGUUGAAUGCAAUAAAUAAAUUUCCUGUUAACAAAUCUGUUUAUGGAAUAAAUCAAUCGUGCUGCUUGAAUAAUCUACCAUUUUUUAAUGUUUUGGAAAGUUUUCCACCUGACAUCCACCAUGAUUUCUUAGAAGGAAUAGUUCCUAUGGUUUUAAAAUUAGUUAUCCAAAAAUUGAUAUCACAUAACAUUAUUUCUCUUAAACAACUUAAUUAUGAAAUAUGUAAUUUUUCAUUUGGGUUUAAUGAUAAAAAAAGUGCCUCUAAAUGUCUGCCAAUUAUAAUAUUUGGUUACAUAUCUAGUUUUAAUGAUGACUGUCCAGCCUACUGGUUGGUUUAUCUUGAACUAAGAAAUAUAGCUGAUAUCAUAUUUUCACCAGUUAUUAAAAGAGAUUCUCUUGGAUAUUUAGCUUAUAUGAUUGCAUCAUUUGUUAAUUCUUUUGUGGAUAUAUGGCCUGGAAAUUUUAUUCCUAAAAUGCACUACAUGGUGCAUUAUCCUGGACAAAUUGAACUAUUUGGACCUUUGCGACAUUUAUGGUGCAUGCGAUUUGAAGCCAAGCACAACUACUUUAAGUGUCUUUCUCGUGUUGUUUCUAAUUUUAAAAACAUCACUUAUACAUUGUCUAAGCGGCAUCAAAUGCGCCAGUGUUGUGAAUUAAAUUCAGUUGAUUUUAUGAAAAUUGAGCAACACAAUCAAAGAAAUAAUAUUAUUAUAUCAUUAACUUCAUUACCUGAAGGUCUUCAAGUAGAACUUACACAUAACUUUUUACUUGAUCAAAACACUCAAUUGCGGAAAGUUACAAAUGUUUCAGUGAAUCAUUGUUCCUAUCAAACUGGUGACUUUAUUGUUCUUAACAUUCUAGAUGAUGGUACUCCUAUUUUUAUGUCACUCAAGUAUAUCCUUAAAAAUAAUGGUUUAUGGUUCUUGUGUGGUAAACUGUGUUCUUGUGAAAAAUUUCUUUUUUAUUUACAUGCUUAUAAUCUAAUUGAAAUAUCUUCUUGGGUUGUUAUUCUUUCUGGACAAGAAGUAUCACAUGAACCUUUAGAUGGAUAUUUAAUGUCUGAUGGACAACUUUUAGUUACUUUACGUAGUUUAGCAACAAAAUAA